AUGAACUCUUACCAAGUUGAUCCAUCUUCUUCCUCACGAAACAUUGAGGAAUUUCAAAAUCUCUCGUCUUCCAAUCAUGGAAACUCUCAAGUGGAGUCGGAGAUGACAAGUUCACUUCGUGAUGAUCCUAUCCUUAAACAUUUAUUGAUAGAGUUGCCUUCGCGCCAACACCAACAUGGGAUCUUUACGCCUGGUUCAUACCAAAGAGAACUUGAGAUCCCAUCUGGAACCGGCUCAGAAGGCGACGUCAAUACGCCAACUAAUGACUCACCCAUUACAAGUUGGGGUUCAGAAACCAAUGAACCAGUCGAACAAAGGGUACCCCGAGUUAUACCAGUAUCAUUGUUAAAUCUAUUUCAAAGGAUUUCACAACGAUACCAAGAUGGGGUAUUUGGACCUCGACCAUCUGAUAGGGUUCAUGGAUCAUUUGAAGGACCAGGGGAUUAUUUUUCUCGUUCAGAAAAUCGGUCAGCUUCUGACGAGUCUGAAGUUGAUUGGAUUUAUCCUAUGGAUGUAGAGGAGGGACCUGUUUUGGAGAUUCAUAUUGAAGAAAGUCCUAUCAAUAGGACUUGA